AAAUAAUUAAUAUAAAAUGGGAGGAGAUCAUCAUGAAGAUCAUGAUUCAGCAAUAUCACAUGAAAUUAAAGCUGAAGAAAUUAAGAGACUAUAACCAUUCUAUUAAUAAAGAUUACCUUAUAUUUUAAGACCUUUUGCUUCAUUGAUUUAUCACAAUCUACCAAAUAUUAAUACAGAUAAUUAUGAUCACAAAUCAAUCGAAAAUUAUAGUAAAAUAUUAAAUGUUAUAUUUUUAGACGAGUCUUAAAUUAUUAAUAGAACUGUCUUUGCCUUACAAAAAUUAUAGCUAUUAAAUCCUAAUUUUUUCACACCUUAAGAGUAUUAAUAAAUUGUAUAUUCUUUUUAGAAAUCGUAUAUUAUCUCCUUUGCCUUCUGGAAUAGUGUCAUAUACUUUAUAAUUCACAUGUUCAGCAAUGAAUGCAAUCUAUGGAGUGUAUUUAUAUAAAACAUGGAGUUUCAAUGCUAAAUCUCUUGGUCUUUGGGCAGUAUUUUUAGCUACUUAAUAAGUUUGCCUUUAAUAUCCAAACUUUUUAAGCGAAGUACAUUUUAAUAUUCAUUAAAAGACUCUUAUUUAAUGGCCAAGGAGAAGAAGAUUAGCAAAACAAUAUCUUGAAAUUUAUGGUCCAAAUUAUUUCCAUUAAAUAAUUGAUCCAAGAUUCAGUGUGCACAAAUUAGAAACAUUAAAAAAUAUAGCAUGAGAGAUAAAUAAAAUCAUAAU